AUGGAACGGUAUCCAAUUGAAGGAAUAGAACUGCCCUACAUUCCUGACGAUGUCACGAUCCCUCAAUUUAUGUUUGAGACUAAUCAUCCAAUGCGUCCGGGCAGACGAAAUGGUGUUCCUUGGCUAAUUCACGAUAAAACUGGGAAGACUUUCACGGAAGGGGAGUUGCGGUUUAGAACGGAUUCACUUGCGCGUGGGUUGAAAUCCAGGUUUGGUCUAGAUUAUCCUGUUGCGAUUUGGGCGGUACUGAAGCUUGGAGGGAUUAUAUCAGGAGCAAAUCCUGAUUUCCUGAGCAGCGAAUUGCUGUAUCAAUUUCAUGAAACAAAGGCAUCUCUCAUGAUUGUUCAUCCCGACUCCCUGGAUGUUGCACUCGAGGUUGCAAAGCAAGCCGGGUUGCCUUCAGACCGAAUAAUCUUGUUCAGUGCGAAUGAUGGCACUGAAAAGCCCUCCGAGGGUCACGAAACAGUCGAUAGCCUUGUUGAACUGGGUUUAAGAAGUAACCUCGCAUUCACGGAACGAACCUUUGCUCCUGGAGAAGCCAAAACCAAACUUGCAUUUCUCUCUUUUUCAUCCGGUACAACAGGCCGCCCAAAGGUGGCUGCUCAUAAUAAACUCAAUCAAAAUUAUUGUGAUUGGAAGGACCAACGAUACAGACCUGGAGAUGUGGCUAGUGCAGAUAUGUAUGGCCUUGCCAUGAACCUUCAUUAUACAUUGUUUUUUGGGAUGUCUUUGGUCGUGUUUCCGACAUUUAACUUCAUCGAGUUCCUCAAAAGCAUCGAGCGCCAUCGAAUUACUCACCUUAUGCUUGUACCUCCUCAAGUGGUCUUAUUAUGCAAGCAUCCUGCCGUCAAGGAUUACAACCUUCGCAGGUAUAUUCGAGUGAUAAUGUGCGGAGCAGCUCCCCUCUCUCAUGAGCUGAAUCAACGACUCUUCGAAAUGUUCCCUGAUGCCCAAAUCGGUCAAGGACAUGGAACGACCGAAACCGCAACAAUCACCACUUUGUGGCCCACCACGCAGAAAAGAGGAGUCGCUGGAAGCAGUGGUCAACUUAUCCCUGGAAUGGUGGCCCGGGUAGUCAAAAGCGAUGGGUCUUUGGCCGGUUUCGACGAAGCUGGUGAAUUGGUCAUAAAAACUCCUUCAGUUGCAUUGGGGUACCUAAACAACCAUGAAGCAACAAAAGAAACGUUUGUCGAUGGUUGGGUAAGGACAGGUGAUUUGGUAAAAAUCGGAGAAGACGGAGAGAUGAUGGUGAUUGAUCGGUUGAAGGUGAAAGGAUUUCAGGUUGCUCCAGCGGAACUCGAAGGAUGUAUUUUGGAUCAUCCCGACGUGUCUGGUACCUGCGUUGUUGGGGUUCCAGAUGAUUACAGCGGAGAGAUUCCACUUGCAUUUGUUACGUUGACAGUAGACGCCGCGAAUAGAGCGAAAAUGAGCAAGACAGCUGCAGAUGAAAUCAAGGCAUCUAUCAUUAAGCACGUCAAAACCCACAAAACACAAUAUAAGCAUUUGGCAGGCGGCGUGGAAUUUGUCUCAAGCAUUCCGACCACCCCGAGCGGAAAGUUACUUCGACGUGUUUUGCGUGAACAAGCAAGGGAGCUCCGGAAGGUCAAGUCCAAGCUGUAG